AUGGUGAAACCUCGGUCCAGCAACCCGGAUUUGGUUAAUCAAACUCUCAUUAAGCUGCACUGGGUGAAAUUAGUUCACAACUCUUUUAAAAGUGGUUCGUAUUACGUGCUUGGAGAUACAACGUGGACCACAACUAACCUAACAUGGGCUUUAGAACCCGGAAUACGAUCAGAUGCUAUUAAACCCAUUAAGUGUGCGUUUCAAAGUUGGGAAAAUGCCACAAAGUUCAAAUUUGAAAAAAUUGAUAACUAUACCAAAGCCAAUGUGAAAAUAAGUUUCACUCCUAUAGAUCAAUUACGUGAAUUCCUAGAGUACCCAAAAUCUGUCGCUCUCUCAUCUUAUCCGCCUGAUGGAUUGCUCCAUUUCAGGGCAGACGUUCCUUGGGUAAACGGAGCACAACGUGGGAAAAUGGACAUUGAAACAGUUGCUGUGCAUGAGUUAGGACACAUUCUUGGUCUUGAACAUAGUGAUGUUCCUUCUGCCGUAAUGUACCCAACUACAAAAUGGGGAGUUAUCAAAAGAAACUUACAUGAAGAUGACAUUGCCGGAAUUAAGGAAAUGUACAACUUUCCUUAG